AAAAAAAAAAAAGGGGGCAUGGACUCAGAGUCACUGAGCAUCUGUACCAAACGAUGAAGGUUGUGUAGGAUUCAACUAUUUUUUUUUUCCUAAAAAUAAGAAAAAAGAAGAGCUGCUGCUAUCAUGUAUGGUUUUGUGAAUCACGCCUUGGAGCUCCUCGUUCUAAGGAAUUACGGCCCCGAAGUGUGGGAAGAUAUCAAGAGGGAGGCUCAGCUUGACAUCGAGGGUCAGUUUCUUGUAAGAAUCAUUUAUGAGGAUACCAAAACAUACGACCUUGUUGCUGCUGCGAGUAAAGUCCUCAAGAUCGAUGCGGGGGCCAUCUUGCAGAUGUUUGGGAAGAUGUUUUUCGAGUUUUGCCAAGAGUCUGGAUAUGACACCAUCUUGCGGGUGUUAGGAUCAAAUGUUCGUGAAUUCCUCCAGAAUUUGGAUGCUCUUCAUGACCACCUGGGUACCAUUUACCCCGGGAUGAGAGCUCCCUCGUUCCGCUGCACCGACGCCGAGAAGGGCAACAACCUGAUUCUCCACUACUACUCAGAGAGAGAAGGCCUGCAGGACAUUGUGAUUGGAAUCAUUAAAACUGUAGCUCAACAAAUCCAUGGAACCGAGAUAGAGAUGAAGAUGAUCCAGCCGAAAAGCGCAGAGUGUGACCACAUCAAGUUCCUGAUUGAGGAGAAGGACUCGGAGGAGGAGGCGUUCUACGAGGACCUGGACGGCUACGAGGAGAACGGCACACAGGAGACCAGGAUCAGCCCGUACACCUUUUGCAAAUCCUUCCCGUUCCACCUCAUGUUUGACAAAGACCUGGUGCUAACACAGUGUGGGAACGCCAUCUACCGUGUCCUGCCUCAGCUCCAGCCUGGAACCUGUAACCUCCCUUCAGUUUUUUCUUUGGUCCGUCCUCACAUCGACUUCAGUUUUCAUGGCAUCCUCUCCCACAUCAACACUGUCUUUGUUCUGCGAAGCAAGGAGGGCCUGCUGAAUGUAGAGACCGUGGAGAAUGAGGACGAGCUGACGGGGGUGGAGAUCAGCUGUCUCAGAUUGAAAGGACAGAUGAUUUACUUGCCAGAGGCAGAGAACAUCCUUUUUCUUUGCUCACCCAGUGUAAUGAACCUGGAUGAUCUGACGCGGAGGGGGCUAUACCUGAGCGACAUCCCGCUACACGAUGCCACGCGUGACCUGGUGCUGCUGGGCGAGCAGUUCCGUGAGGAGUACAAGUUGACCCAAGAGCUGGAAAUCUUGACAGACCGUCUGCAGCACACACUCCGGGCCCUGGAGGACGAGAAGAAGAAGACAGACAGAUUGCUCUAUUCCGUUCUGCCGCCAUCUGUUGCGAACGAGCUGCGGCACAAACGGCCUGUCCCGGCCAAGCGCUACGACAACUUGACCAUCCUGUUCAGUGGCAUCGUGGGAUUCAAUGCCUUCUGCAGCAAGCACGCGUCAGCCGAGGGAGCCAUCAAGAUAGUCAACCUGCUCAAUGAUGUUUACACACGUUUUGACAUCUUGACUGACUCUCGGAAUAACCCUUACGUAUACAAGGUGGAAACAGUUGGUGAUAAGUACAUGACGGUGAGCGGCCUACCGGAGCCGUGCACGCACCACGCCAAGUCAAUCUGCCACCUCGCCCUUGAUAUGCUGGAGAUCGCCGGACAAGUAAAAGUAGACGAUGAGCCAGUACAGAUAACCAUUGGGAUCCACACAGGAGAAGUGGUGACUGGAGUGAUCGGUCAGAGGAUGCCCAGAUUUUGCCUUUUUGGGAAUACAGUCAACCUCACGAGUCGUACAGAAACCACUGGUGAAAAGGGGAAAAUAAACGUCUCAGAAUACACUUACAGGUGUUUGCAGUCUGCUGAGAACGCUGACCCUCAGUUUCAUUUGGACUAUCGUGGCCCUAUAACCAUGAAAGGCAAGAAGGACCCGAUGAAGGUGUGGUUUUUAUCCAGGAAGCCCACCGACGCAGAUGCCGCGUUAGUUUCAGCUUAACAAAAGUCAGAACCAACUAAAACUCCACGAGUGUCUUGAGAUAGAGCGUUCAGUGUUGUACUAGUCUAGUCGAAAUGUCAGUAUAAUUACGCACAUUUUCAGGCAGGAAUGAGAUAACAAAAACAAAUCUAUCAACAGACACCCAGAUAUUUUAUAUAUAAAGAAAAAACCUGUGUGAAAUUGUUUUUUGGACUUGUUUUGAGUCUGUAAUGUUGCUCUCCAGCUUUACCACGAUCGGUUGUGACCUAUCUGUUUUUUUGUUUUUGAAAUAUAUAUUCACGUACAGUCAGUGAAGUGUUCCUUGAUAAGGUGAGGUAGCCAACACAGUAAAUGAUACAUUCAAGUUUGGUACUAUUUUGGACAGAGUAUUCUCACAUUGUUCUGUACAUAAUAUCACUAAAGGUUUUUUAAAAGAAGAUUAUUUCCAUCUAUCUUCAAUGUUUUUAGCUGCUAUAUUUGUCAUAUUUUUACUAAAGCCAGCCAAAAGACGUGUGAGGAUUUAUAGUCACUUAAAGUCUUCAUUCAAAGGUGAGGGCAGUGGAUAGAGUGGGAAACUGGCAUGAGAGAGCGGGGAACGACAUGUGGCAAAGUGCAGGAGGGAAUCGAACCCGGGCUGCCCGCUUCAGGGACUGUAGCCUCUGUACAUGGGGCCUGCAGUUUAACCAGUAGACUAUCUAGCACCCCAUUGUUUUCACUUUUGACAGAUACAAUCUUGAUUUAAAAUGAAAUAUUGACACAUACUUUAACUUAACAUUACGUCCAUGACGUUGAAUUACUGUGACUAUUGGAGUUUUUUUCAUUGGAUAGAAGAGCUGUGAAGUUUUACACUGAAUGUGUUUCACAUAGACCAUUAUAAGGGAAAAAUAAAUAGAUAUUGAAGCUGUUUUAUUUAUACAGAUUAUUAUCACCAUGCUCAAUUGUUUUGCACAAAAGCUGCUGUUAUUACUUUAUUCAUCUAUUCAUUCAAGAGUCAAAGCUUCAUUAUUUUCUUAAAAAUAAUAACUAUAGUCUUUAGUCAACCCUUAUCAUCAUGUAUCCACGUCUUAUAAUCAAAAUAUAAUUACACACUACUUUAGUUAACAUAUUUAUUCAACAUACAAGUUUUGGUGUGCUUCUUUGACAACAUGUUGUUGUUCUGUUCUACUAAAAGUCGUGAGAUAAUCCUAAUGAUUUGACAUAUUUAUUGUUAAAAUUGUAAAUGGUAUUUUUCCUUUUUUUUGUCAUAAGAUGUGAUUAUUAUGAUCUUUAGAAAACAUAAUAUAUAGUGACAAAAUACAUGACAAAACUUAAGUAUGGCUGAAACUACUCUUUGUGCCAUAUGUGAUGUAUGUGUUGUAUUUACUUAACAUAGGAAAUGUACUACACUAUUUUUCCACAGUCAUUAUGAUAUCCUCUUCACCCACACAGCAUCCUGUGUGACAAACGAACAGGUGCCUCAUACAAGUGCAUUUCUGAUCUAAUUAGACAUUAUUGUUUUAUUUUAACACUGUUUCUGUUGAAAAGUACGGUAAUUAAUAAAACUGUAUUAUGA